AUGCCUGGGGUUCCAUCCAACAAGGCGUGCGAGCGAUGUAAAAAGCGACAUCUCAAGUGUGAUGAAACGCGCCCGAGCUGCCAGCGCUGCACCAAUGCUGGCGUGGAGUGCCCAGGAUAUGUCCAGACUCGCAAGUUUAUAGAUCAAGGCGCCUCGGUCCGGCGUCGGUAUGCUCCAUAUAGCGAAACUCAUCCUAAACCGCAUGCCUCCAAACCCAAAGAAACUGUGGCUAGCGACCAUGCCAAGAGCUCAGAAGGCAAUGUUACACCGGUCCCGGUUGACCCUGGUCUGAUGACCCGUGUAGAUUCUGGCUCGUCCAUGAGCAUGGCUUGGGGUUCACCUGACGUGAGCCAGCUAGCGGUUCGCUCCACGCCCACGGAGCUGGCCCCGACUAUGAGAGAUACGCCGGUGCAAUUAGACGGCAUGGCCGAUAUGAUGAAUCGGUUUGGCGUACAGCCAGUCUCUGCUGAGAUCGCAGGCUCUGACCAACACAGUGCGUCGAGUCGAAGCAACGCACCGAGCUCAUUAUCGCCUAGCAAUGCUCCCGCGGGAGGUUUUGCCAUUCCUAAUCAUAUUGCAACCCAGCUGAAGAAGAAGCCCUCCAAUGCGACAUUGGCUUCUUCGACCAGUCCCUCACAACGUAGCGAGCAAGAGGAGUUUCAGGAUAUUUUCUCGGAGCUGAUGACGGGCACCGAGCAUGAGAUCGCCUUCCUCACGAGGCACUUUUCAACGACGCUCGGACCUUGGCUGGACAUCUCGGAUGCGGGAAAGUUCUUUUCAGCAUACGUCCCCGUGCGCGCCAUUGACGACCCUUGUCUGAAAUAUGCAAUUGCCGCCUUGGCGGCCAAGCACCUGGGUCGAGUCAAGGGAGCGAUCUCUCCAACUGGCGGGGCCCUGUUUACCAGUCCACCGACCAUGGAAGUCUAUCCGAAUGCUUCUCAAGUGGACUGGUUCUUGAAGGCCGCAAACUACUAUUACAUGGCUUCUUCCCACAUCAACACCAUGAUUGCCGAUCCGUUCGCAACGGUUUCCACCACCGCUAUACUAGAAUCCCCCAUUGAAAACGUCAGUCGUUGGUUGACUCAACAACUAAAGCAAACCGGAUUCGGGCCACCGACAGAGCAGCCGGUGGUAGGUACCUUCUGGAGAAAAGUGGAAGAUUUACUAGCCGCGUCAACCAUCCUCACCACCUACAAGCUCCUCGACGAAGCAGGAGAUAAGUGGCAAUCACAUCUCCAAGGCGCCAAAACGGCGUUUGAUGCCUUGCUCCAAAUAUGCAGCAACUAUGCCGAGGUUCCUCAGUUUUCCCAUGGGGCGGCGGCAUCCUUUUUCAUGCUCGCUCGCUUUGACUAUCUCGGAGCAUACUUUCCUCGAACCUCAACAUACUUUGACCAGGACAAUCUCACAUUAUGGCGCGCCGCUGGUCUCCCGAUCGACGAGCAGGGCAACCUCCAACUGGAAAGCGGGGUAUCAUCUCGUAAUCCCAUGAUGCUCCAACGGGAAGAUCUAGCUGCAAAUAGUCUCAUAUGGCUCCUCAACAAGGUUCUCAACUUUCUCGCGGAUACGAAACGAUCCCAGGUGGAACAGUGGGUGGGACAGCCACCGUCCGCUGCACCAUCCCCCACCGUCGCUUCUCCGCGAUCGCAGCCGACCACCACGACUUGGCUGAGGCUCUGCUUCGAGUUCCAGACAUGGGUCGAGAAGAUGCCCGAGACCUUUCGCCCCUGCCUGCGCCUCGAUCGUCCCAAGGACAUCUCCAAGCUCCCCGAGAUCAGCCAGAUGCCAUUCCCCGAGAUCUUCUACGGCAUGACUUCGUGCGCCGCGGCGAUGCAGCAAUACCAUUUCGGUCGACUUGCGCUCCUCCUCAAUCGCCCACCGGACGUGAUCAGCGCCCCCAGCACGGCUUUUGACCGGCUACAGGGAUACCGCGAGCUAACCAAGGAAGUCGACUACCGCUGCAAGGAGAUUUGCGGCAUCGCGCUCGGCCGGCCGCAAGGCGGUGUCCGGAUCUAUAUGACUCCCUUGCUCUUUGCCGUGGGCCAGUGUUUCGAGAACCCCGAAGAGCGCCAAAUCAUCACCGAUCUCUUACGCGGUGUGGAAGCGGAUCUGGGUUGGGCGACGGGCUACCAGAUCCAGAAGCUGCAGACCGUCUGGGAACAAUAA